AUGGCUAAUAGCGAAUUCAAGGCAUCAAGACCAUCUUCUGUACGACUGCUAGAUUAUCUCACAUGUCCCAUUGGCGAGCCUGGCUUGAGAGUAUUUCGAAACUCAAGAAAGGGACAACUACAACAAAAACAACAACAACACGGCCUCGGUCAGAAUGAUCCGUAUAUAGUGCCAAAGGACCUAAUCCAAGCACGACAGUGGAGAAACUUUACAUAUCCCGUGCUGCGCAUUGCCCUCAAAGACCUGCUGGAUUUCAGACCCCAUGACCAGGAGCUCUACAGCCCAGCCGAGUCGUCUACCGGCAGCGCCAACGGUAACGCAUUGGGCAUUGCGCCAUUCCUGAGCCGAAUAGAUUUCCCAGUUACUGCGCUCUUGAAUCGGGUCAGCCGGGCUCUAAGGGCCACGGCGCGUCAAUCGCAAUGGUCUCAGGACCUGCAUUUCGAGCUCGAGUACCUACCGUGGUAUAAUCCAGACCCGCGUCAGAAUGUGUCGGCGCCCGACCGCGAGUGGCACUUUUAUAUGCGCCCAGGCCAACGCCACCUGGUCGUGGGCCUCAUCACGGACGCUGCCGACGAAUUCCCGCUGGCUAGCCUGGGCAGCGACGCUCAUAAUUACAGAGUCCAGCUUACGCUCCAGCGAGCCCGGGCAGCGUGUUGGGCCAAAGGUGCUGAUUAUGGCUUCGUGCUCACUCCCGAGGGCGCAGCGUUGCUGCGUUUUCGUGAGUCGGGGCGACUCGACAACGGCCCAAAGGUCUGUUUUGCGGUCAUACCGUGGGCGCGCCGCGGUGAGGAUGUGAAUCGUGUGCCGCUCGCCAUGGCCCUCUGGGCCGUAUGCGCCCUGGCCGAGGCCGAGGAUCGGCGAAUGAUGCGGGAAGGGGAGAUGCCGAUUCCGUACCCGCCCCCUCUGAACUUUUGGGUGCUGGAUGAAGGAGCGGGAGCAAAAACAUAUCGACACGCCUGGCUGCCACAGAAAACGAAAGGAUGUCCGCCAGGCGCCGUAGUACAAAGACGAUACGCCGCUCGAGCUAGAGGGCCAGAUGCAGGAAUCACGCAAAAAGUUGAAAUGCAUGACCAGAAGAAAAAGAAACCGACCAGGAGGAAAAGAGGCAAAAGUGUUGCUGUAGAUCGUGUAUUCAUUGUGGGCAUCAACCCAGAACCUUGGUCUUGCCGGCUCAGACCAAGAAAAAGGCGCCCCAACUAUCGCGUGUAG